CGGUCGCAUCAGCAACGCUCGUGUAUAUUAACAGGUUCGCACCCAUGUGCCGCAAGUUCUCUUACAUCGACCUCCUUGCUGUCGCACUGUAAGACGUUCCGUUCGGACGGAAUUUCAUCCUUCGCCUGCCAAUCCAGACCAUCCAGUAAAUACAAUGCGUGAGUGCAUCUCCAUCCACGUGGGCCAGGCUGGUGUUCAGAUUGGCAAUGCAUGCUGGGAGCUCUAUUGCCUGGAGCACGGCAUCCAGCCGGAUGGACAGAUGCCCAGUGACAAGACCAUUGGAGGAGGGGACGACUCCUUCAACACCUUCUUUAGUGAGACGGGAGCAGGCAAGCACGUCCCCAGGGCUGUGUUUGUGGAUCUGGAGCCCACUGUAAUAGAUGAGGUGCGCACUGGGACUUACCGCCAGCUGUUCCAUCCUGAGCAGCUCAUCACUGGAAAAGAAGAUGCUGCCAACAACUACGCUCGCGGCCACUACACCAUCGGCAAAGAGAUCAUCGACCUGGUGCUGGACAGGAUCCGCAAACUGGCUGACCAGUGCACAGGCCUCCAGGGCUUCCUGGUCUUCCACAGCUUUGGAGGUGGUACCGGCUCUGGUUUCACCUCCCUGCUGAUGGAACGCCUGUCUGUUGACUACGGCAAGAAAUCCAAGCUGGAGUUCUCCAUCUAUCCAGCUCCUCAGGUAUCCACAGCUGUGGUGGAGCCCUACAACUCCAUCUUGACCACCCACACCACCCUAGAGCACUCUGACUGUGCCUUCAUGGUUGACAAUGAGGCUAUCUAUGACAUCUGCCGUAGAAACCUUGAUAUUGAGCGCCCCACCUACACCAACCUCAAUCGGCUCAUCGGCCAGAUUGUAUCCUCCAUCACAGCCUCCCUCCGAUUCGAUGGUGCCCUCAAUGUUGAUCUGACAGAGUUCCAGACCAACUUGGUGCCCUAUCCCCGAAUCCACUUCCCUCUGGCUACUUAUGCCCCCGUUAUCUCUGCUGAGAAGGCUUACCAUGAGCAGCUUUCUGUGUCUGAGAUCACCAAUGCCUGCUUUGAGCCAGCUAAUCAGAUGGUCAAAUGUGACCCUCGUCACGGCAAGUACAUGGCCUGCUGCCUGCUGUACCGUGGUGACGUGGUGCCCAAAGACGUAAACGCUGCCAUUGCCACCAUCAAGACCAAGCGUACCAUCCAGUUUGUGGACUGGUGCCCCACUGGUUUCAAGGUUGGCAUCAACUACCAGCCCCCCACCGUGGUUCCUGGUGGGGACCUGGCUAAGGUUCAGAGAGCGGUGUGCAUGCUGAGCAACACCACCGCCAUCGCCGAGGCCUGGGCCCGCCUGGACCACAAGUUUGAUCUGAUGUACGCCAAGCGCGCCUUUGUACACUGGUACGUGGGUGAGGGUAUGGAGGAGGGAGAGUUCUCCGAGGCCAGAGAAGACAUGGCCGCCCUGGAGAAGGAUUAUGAGGAGGUGGGCGUCGACUCCGUCGAAGGUGAAGGAGAAGAGGAGGGAGAAGAGUACUAAACUGGAGAAUUUCUGUUACAGGCUGCAAACAGCAAUGCCACUCAGAUUUGUGAGUCUCAAUUCAACAAACAUUGGCAGAACAUUGUAUGGGCUGACAGUUUAUAUGAUGAAUAAAAAUUCCAGUCUAAAAU